AUGGCUGCUGCUUCAGAACCGAGCCUAUGCGCCAACGGCUGCGGAUUCUACGGCUCCCCUCAAACCCACAACCUCUGCUCCAAAUGCUACAAGGACUCCCUGAAGAAGAAUAGAAAGAAGGAGGAACAAUCCACCAUCCACGCCGUUUCUUUGACCGGCGCUACAGACGACGUCGUUUGUGCCCUGCCCGCCGCUAAGUCGGACUACGGCGGCUGCGGGACGAAUAAAGGCAACAAGAGCCGGUGCAAGGUGCGCAACAAGAAGGUCGGCCUGCUGGGUUUCACCUGCCGCUGCGGUGACGUGUUCUGCGGGUCCCACCGAUACGCCGAAGAGCACGGCUGCAGCUUCGACGUCAAGGGAAUGGCACGCGAGAUUUUGGCGAAGCAGAACCCGCUCUGCAAGGGUGAUAAAUUGGAAUUCAGGAUUUGA